AUGACCGAUAUCAAUACUGCCCGUCGGCAUAUCACCGAACUGCUACAAAGUCGACCCUUGGUAGCUGUUUGCACAGGCGCAACAGGAGGCUUGGGGCGCUUUACACUCGAAGCCCUCGCAAUGCACCAUGGCAAGAUCGGCACAGGUCUACGAGUCUAUGUUGUCGGACGGAACCUCGAGUCAGCAGACGUCUUGUUCGCCAAACUACGGAAGUCUUGCCCGGACGGAGACUUUCGGUUUGUUCAAGUGAGCGACCUUGCUCUCGUUUCAGAGAUCGACCAGGCAUGCGACGAAAUAACCCAGUCCGAGACUGCCGCAUCUGGUGGCCAUAAACCACGCAUCGACAUGCUCUUUAUGAGUCAGGGGACACUCGAUUUCAAGCCAUGGACAGGGACCAAGGAAGGACUCGAAUGGCACAUGUCGUUGUUAUACUUUUCGAGGAUGAAAACAAUCCUCAACCUCAUGCCUUUAUUACUCAAUGCUCCGGCUGCGGCGCACGUGGUUUCAGUGUUUGCGGGCGGCAUGGAAGGCGAAACCUUUAAUCCAGAUGAUCUGAUGGUCAGAAAACCGGGCCGGUUUGGUGUGACAUCCACAAGACAUCAUGUGGUGUACAUGAAGACACUGUUUUUCGAGUAUCUCGCCCGAGAACAUCCCGGUAAGAUAUCCUUGGUUCACGUCUUUCCAGGAUUUGUCUUGACAGACGGCCUCAGGUUUCUGCCCAAAUGGAUGCAACUAACAUACUAUGUAUUUUAUCCACUUCUGAAGGUGAUGACUACACCCGGUCCGGAGGUGGGUGAGAGAAUUUUGUUCCUGACUUCACCUGUGCGUUUUCCGGCUUCCCAUGAAAGUGAUGACCAUCAAGGGUCAGAAGAUGUGGGAGCCACAUUUCCACAUACAGGCAAACAAUCGGGAACAAAGUUGGCGAUAGCGAUGGGGACAGAUCUGGAAAUCGGUAGUGGUGCAUACGCUGUUAGCAUCACUGGGGAGGCAGCAGAUGCUAAGAAAAUGCACAGAGCUUACGACAAAUACGACAAGGACGAGCUGCGCAGAAAGAUCGUGACCUAUACUCUGCGAGCGUUUGAGGAAAUCAAGGCAGGCAGAGUCUUCGAGGAUUGA